AUGGAUAUAAUUGGACUUUGUUUACCAUUGAUCAAAAUAACAAUAGAACUUCUAGAAGAAGCUUAUAAAUCAGCUGAAAAUGCACGUUAUACCAAGAAAACAUGUUUAUUAUUAUCCGAUAGAUUAGAAGCGGGAUCACACGCUUUGUCUGAUUUAUAUAGACACAGAGAAGAAAAAGAUAAAAAAGGAAAAUUUAAAAGUAGUAAUUUUUAUGACAAUCUUCAAAGUUAUGUAAAUGCGGCAACUGAAAUCAAAAGAUUUAUUGAUGAGAUUUCCAAAUCGAAUGAAACAAUGAAAUAUCAUUUUCAUAAAGUGAAAGUUAAACAACUUGUAAAAAGGUACGAUGAUGCCUUUGCUGAUUUAAAAUUGGGAAUAAGUAUUGAUAAAUUUAAAAAAAUUGGUGACUUGGAAAUUAUAAUGGAAACUGAAUUUAAGGAAAUGACUUUGAGUUUAGAAACAAUAAAGGCCAGCUUGAAUAAUCAAUCAAGUGAUAUGAAAUUAACGAUAGACACACUUGCAUCAAUGAAUAGUAAUAAUAAUAAACAGCAACAUGACAUUAAAGCAAUUCCUCCUGGAGAUUUAAAAGAUCUAGAACCAAAAGAAGUAGUAAAACGUGGAAAAAUUAUUAAAAAAUUAUUGAAUAGGAUUGAACCAAUUAUGGACAAUAUUGGAGAAGCAAAAAUUGCGAAUUUUUUUCUAAGUAAAGAAAAUAAUAAAUAUCAUAAGAAACGUAUUAAAACUAUAUAUGAUGAAGUUAUACCUUGGAUUUCACCCGAGAAACUUGAAAGUAUUGAUGGAGUCAAUGUCAAUGACUUAAAAUGUGAAAUAUUCAGUUUUGGCAUGUUUGUCUGGGAACUGUCACAUCAACAAGUCCCAUAUAUGCAAAAAUUUGAUAAUGAUUGUGUAAAAAUUUCUCAACAUAUCAAAAAUGGUAAAAGGGAAGAUACAUCAAGUUUUGAUCCCUUGGACGAUAUUCAAAAAUGUUUCAAAAACAUAAUAGUAAAAGCUUGGAAUCAAGAACCUUCAUUACGUCGAAGCAUGCCUUUUUUCCUUAAUCAAUUAACUUGUUUAUACAGAAACCAUUAUUCACCAAAGAUUCUACCUAGAAUUUCUAAUGAUGAUAUUCAACAAGUUGGCGAUCCUUUGAAGGCUGCUGAAUUUUUGAAAUAUUUGGAAAAAGCUGCUUUCCAUGAAAAUCAAGCCGCUUUAUAUAAUUUGGGAGAUAUCUAUUAUGAAG